AUGAUAAAGCUGGUUCCAGCUUUCAAAGAAUCACGAUUGAACUCUUUGUAUUCCAACUUUCAGAAAAACAAGCAGUUGAACCCGGAAGGUUAUCAAGCAAACAUUCAAGCUUGGAAGUCCUUAUUCACAACUUUAAUAAAGUCAGACCAGUUUGAACCAGAGAGCUCUAUAUCGAUCCCGACUUAUCACCCAAGUCUAAAGGAGUCACUCAGCUUACACCCUUACAAUGAGCCAAAAAAUUUAGACAACAUUUUACAAGAGUUUGUUAAUGAUCGGUUCUUGAUCCCAGCAUCACUCUACCUGGCUGCUAAAGAAAACUAUCUCGUGACAAUCAGCGGUCAUUUCAGACUAUAUCAAUAUCUUUCAGUCAAUGCGUGGCAACAAUGGCGCGCACUAAAGAGUUAUUCUGUUAUGAAGCAAGGUAGGCUAGUGGAUGAGCGUUUUAUCCAUUGGGAUGAACUAGUUAGAAUAGGGCAAAAGGUUGCUACAGUGAUUGAAACAAAAAUAAGAGGCGAUACUUGCUCCAGCAUCUUGUUCAACUACAAUUUGUUAUUUGAUGAGUUGUCAAAGUACAUUACUGUCACUAAAGUGGAUUACGAUUUAUUAUUGAAGUACUUGUCGCGUGACGUUGGAUUACUUCAAACAAAAACCAUCGAUGAAGUUCUUUACAUAAAGAUAUCACAAGAAGGGUUUAUUCCAGAAGAUGAGGCUAUAGUUCAAAUGAAACAAACGAUCAAAAACCUUGAAACUAGGAUCAAAGAGAUUGAGACAAAGUUGAGUGCCAUUGACUUCAAGUCGGUGUUGUGUCUACCAAAAGAGGCUCAAAAGUCGAGCUUGCGACAGAAAAUGGCAACAAAGACAAACUUGGUGAAGCUUUUGAAUAGGAAUAUGAGUCUUGAAUUGGAAAUGACUACCUUAUUGCAGAAAAUUGACGAUUCAAGUUUCAACUUAGGCUACUUUUCAGUGUUGGAGAAUAGUGCUAGGGCCUUGUCUAAAAUUAACAGCAAGUUGAAGGUUGACGAUGUUGACAGGGUGAAAGCCGAUAUCGAUGAGGAGAUUUCAAAAGAACAAGAAAUCAGUGACGCUCUCGCUGGAGGUGCCAAUGAUGAAGAUGUGGACAACGAGUUGAAUAGGAUGAUAGAAGAGGAGGAAAAAGGUGACAAGUUGGAGCCUGUUAGUCAGGAAGAAUCUGCUGAAAAGGAGAACGGAAACGAAAACAAAGAUGGGGAACUUUUGAACAAGUUGGAGAAUUUAACUGUCAAGGAUGACAUAAAAAAGAGUCCUCAAGAAUCUCCUGCCAAAGUGGCCGCACUUGAAUAA